AUGACGCCUACAUUCACACGGGCCGGCCACGUCGGCGAGCGGCUUUUCGCUCUACGCAAGCCAGCCAACCACCCUCUCUACACUCCAGGAGCCAUAAUGGCCUCCGUCACGGUCGUCUCGCCCGAAAUCGCACGGGCGAGUCUGCAUGUCUCGAUUCCCUGGCAGCAGCACAUCUACGGCUACCCCUUCCUUGCGCUCUACCCCCUCCUCGCGUACGCCUACUACGUCAAGUACGAUGACUGGCUGGGGGGCGAGGAGUGGACGUUCCUUGCCUGUGUGUCCCUUGGUGCGGGGCAUGCACUCAGCUUUUUGGUGACGAAGUGGAACGCGGGUGCCAGGGCGUGGAUCACCACUCAUCGGGCCUACUCCCUCGAAGACGCCAACCGCAUCCGCCUCGUGCCCCAUCCACACAAAGGCCAGGGCGACAUCGUCCCACUCACCAAGAAGAACCCCGCCGACCCGCUCACCUGGACUUUCUCCUACAACCGCGACUCCUACGCCCUGACCUCCCUCUCUCCCCUCGUCUUCUCGCGGCUCGCCUAUCCCUCCUCCAGCAAGCCCGCCCUCGGCUCCUUCCUCCACCCGCCCAGCCUCACACAAACGAAGCUCCCCGAGCUCCAGGCGCUGUACGGCGACAACGAGUUCGACAUCCCCAUCCCCUCGUUCACCGAGCUCUUUGGCGAGCAUGCGACCGCCCCGUUCUUUGUCUUCCAGGUGUUCUGCGUCGCGCUGUGGUGUCUCGACGAGUAUUGGUACUAUAGUCUGUUCACGCUGUUCAUGUUGAUCGUGUUCGAAUGCACCGUCGUAUGGCAGCGUGUAAGGACCCUCACAGAGUUCAGGACGAUGUCCGUCCAGCCCUACCCCAUCCAAUGCUACCGCAACUCGAAAUGGGAGGUGCUCAGCACCGACAAACUCCUGCCCGGCGACGUCGUCUCUGUCGCCCGCGUCGGCGACGAGACCACCGUCCCAGCCGACAUCAUCCUUAUCAACGGCACCGCCAUCGUCAACGAAGCCAUGCUCUCCGGCGAGUCGACCCCGCUCCUCAAAGAGUCCAUCCAGCUGCUCGAGCCGAACGAGAACCUCGACGUCGACGGGCAGCAUAAGAACGCAGUGCUCUUCAGCGGGACCAAGGUCCUGCAGGCGUCUAAAUCUUCGGAGAUCGCCUCACCCAUCAAGACACCCGACGGCGGCUGCCUCGGCGUCGUCGUCCGCACCGGGUUCGGCACAGCGCAGGGCCAGCUCGUGCGCACCAUGAUCUUCUCCACCGAGCGCGUCUCCGCGAACAACCUCGAGUCCUUCCUCUUCAUCGGCUUCCUCCUCAUCUUCGCGAUCGCUGCGAGCUGGUAUGUGUGGACGAAAGGCAUUGAGAGGGACCUGAAGAAGUCCAAGCUCCUGCUCGACUGCAUCCUCAUCAUCACGAGCGUCGUCCCGCCCGAGCUGCCCAUGGAGCUCUCGCUCGCCGUCAACGCCUCCCUCGUCGCCCUGUCCAAGUUCGCCAUAUUCUGCACGGAGCCCUUCCGCAUCCCCUCGGCAGGUCGCGUCGACGUCUGCUGCUUCGACAAGACCGGGACUAUCACCGCGGAGAACCUGGUUCUGGAGGGUGUCGCGGGUGUCGACCACACCGAUCAUAAGAAACUGCUCAGCGUCAAGGAGGCGUCAAGAGAGACGACACUGUGUCUCGCUGCCGCGCAUGCCCUCGUCCGGUUAGACGACGGGACGGUCGUCGGAGACCCAAUGGAGAAGACGACGCUGGACGCGCUCGAAUGGACCCUCGGCAAAGGCGACGUAAUAACCCCCGCCCCCUCCUCCGCGUACAAAACCACCCUCACCAUCCGGCGGCGCUUCCAAUUCUCCUCCGUCCUCAAACGGAUGUCCACCAUCUCCUCCCUCCCAGGCGGGCGGCUCAUCGCCUGCGUCAAAGGCGCGCCCGAGACGCUCAAGGGCAUGCUCACCCUCAUACCCCCCUGGUACGACGACGUCUACAAAGGAUACACGCGCCAGGGCAGCAGGGUGCUGGCGCUGGGGAUGAAGGAGAUGGAGGCGAUGGGUGGCGAGAAGAUUAAUAAGCUGCAUAGGGGACAGGUGGAGAGUGGAUUGGUGUUUGCGGGCUUUUUGGUGUUUCAUUGUCCGUUGAAGAGCGAUGCGGUGGAGAGUUUGAAGAUGUUGGCGGAUUCGUCGCAUCGGUGCGUUAUGAUUACUGGCGACAACCCGUUGACGGCCGUGCACGUCGCGCGCGAAGUUGAGAUCGUCGACCGCGAGGCCCUCAUUCUUGACCUGGCUGAGAACGCCAAACACGAAAAGGACCUCGUCUGGCGCACCGUCGACGAGCGCACCAUCAUCCCCGUCAACCCCGACCAGCCACUCGACACCACCCUCUUCGACUCAUACGACAUCUGCAUCACCGGCCCCGCCAUGAAACAGAUCCUCCCCACUUCCUCCUGGGCCCUCCUCGUCCAACACACCUACGUCUACGCGCGCGUCUCCCCCUCCCAAAAAGAGUCUAUCCUCACCACGCUCAAAACGCUGGGCUACAUAACCCUCAUGGCAGGCGACGGGACGAACGACGUCGGCGCGCUCAAGCAGGCGCAUAUCGGGGUGGCGUUAUUGGAUGGGACGCAGGAGGAUCUGGAGAAGAUCGCGGAGCGGCAGAGGUUGGAGCGGGUGAAGAAGGUGUAUGAGAGCCAGCUGAGUAUUAGUGCGCGGUUUGGACAGCCGCCGCCGCCGGUGCCCGCGGCGAUUGCGCAUUUGAUGCCGGGGGCGGUGGAGGCGCAAAGGAGGGCGGCGGAGCAGCAGGCGCAGGCGAGGCAGAAGAACCCGAUGGAGAAGUUCGAUUUGGCGUCUAUUACGGACAAGCUGGCCGACAUGGAGGGCGACGAGGAUGUUCCCAAGAUCAAACUCGGAGAUGCCUCCUGUGCCGCUCCUUUCACUUCGAAGCUCUCGCACGUCGCUGCUAUCACACACAUCAUCCGCCAAGGCCGAUGCACGCUUGUCGCGACGAUCCAGAUGUACAAGAUCCUCGCGCUCAACUGCCUCAUCACGGCGUACAGUCUGAGCGUGCAGUACCUCGACGGAAUCAAGUUUGGUGACUACCAGGUCACGAUAACGGGCAUGCUCAUGUCCGUCUGCUUCUUGUGUAUCUCCAGAGCCAAGCCCGUUGAGAAACUGUCAAGAGAACGGCCGCUCGGGAACAUCUUCAACCUCUACGUUCUCUUGUCCGUCCUCCUCCAAUUCGCACUGCACAUCGCGUCGCUGGUCUACAUCACCAACCUCUCUCACAUCUACGAAGCCCCCGGCCCCAUCGACCUCGAAGCCAAGUUCGAGCCCAGCCUUCUGAACACCGCGAUCUACCUCCUCGGGCUCUCGCAGCAAGUGUCCACCUUCACGAUCAACUUCCAGGGACGGCCCUUCCGCGAGGGCAUCCGCGAGAACACGACGCUGUGGUACGGCCUGCUCGGUGCCAGCGCGGUCGCGUUCUCUGGAGCGACGGACUUUUUGCCCGAGCUGAAUAGGUGGUUGCAGAUCGUGGUCAUGGAGGACUCGUUCAAGCUCCGUCUGACACUGACGAUGAUCAUCGACUUUGCCGGCUGCUGGAUCAUCGAGGUCAUCUGCAAAUACCUCUUCGCCGACCUCGAGCCCAAACCGAUGGUUACACGCGGCCGCGAACGCCGCGAGGCACGGAGACGACUGGAAGAGGCGGAGAAGGCGAAGAACCUAGAAAAUGCUCAUGCUAAUGGUGCUCAUGCUAAUGGGGACUCGAAGAUUAAGGUCCAAUAG